AUGCCCCUCACGCAUCAAUCUCGGAAAGAUGGCUGGCCCAACGACAAUGCACCGGGCCUCCUUACCAGGGACCGUUCGAAGCACAACAACCAUGCGACACCCAUGGAGGACCCAGACCUGAUCCCCUGGCUCUAUUGCCCCCACCCCUCUGUUCAGAGUCCCGAGCCGCUGCCACUCAGUUCCCACGAAAACAGAGGCUUCCAAUUCGUUCAAAAAAGGCUGACACAUGAAUUGAUAGCUCGACAGGAAGUCAUUCCUGGGUUGAAAGGCAAGUUCCCGAAGCGUAAGCCUGUCCUGACCGACCUGCUCCGCCACCCGGCGAGUAGCAUGGAGUAA